CGCCGUCAUGUUGGGGGAAACGAGGGUUGGUAAGACCAAGUGGACAGUGCGAAGUCGGUAUAGCAGCGGACAAAGGUUGGCAAAUGGAAGGGAUCUGGUGUCAUGACCGAUCCAUAGAGCGGUCGGCAUAUACAGCUCGAUGCUCUCCAGUGUCUGCGAUGCCGUCGAGAGAAGCGCAGGUAGGGUAUCGGGUUCGAUGAUAGAAGUCCGCAAGGCACUGAAACGCACCAGAUUGGGCAUCCGAUACAAGCAGUCGAGUUCGAGUUUGAGGGAGUGGACAAGUUUGGCGAGGUCCCGCCCAAAGGCGCACUGUUUCGGCGUGAGUCUCAGCGUCCUGAGACAGUUCUCAACCUGAGCCCCGCUGCGACAUCGAUUUCGAAUUCGGUCGGGUAGCAUGAUCGUGUGAUAUAAGCGGGGAGUAAGAGGCCCAUUGAGAAGGGUGCUCGUCAGAAGGAUGGAGCAAUAGUCUUCGUGUCGAAUCUCCUCCCCAAUGUGCAGGAUGAGCUCGAUAGGGAAGCGUAGAAUCUGCAUAGGUGCCGCGUGAAGUAUCCUCUUGAUGGUGUUGAAGAAAGCCAAGCAUAAUGUCUAUGCCCGCGAUUAGGAGUAUCUGCACGUGGCCGCAGCUAGCCCU